CACACUUGUUCAGUCUUUGCUUUAGAACAAAUUUCGCAAGCUUAAAAAUAAGUUCAGAACUUGAAAAUUGCGCUCCGAGCAAACGCCAAGUGUUUGUGCAACAAUAAAUUGAGCUAGCAACAUGGCAGAGGCAGUGAAAACAGAAAAAAACUCAAAGCAGCGUCCCUUGGAUGGCGGAGGAGGUACUGGCAGUGGUGGAGGAGGCACCGGUGGCGGCGGCGGAGUAGGAUCAGGAUUGCCCAAGCGAAAACAUCGCCGCGGCAAAAAGUCCAAGCUUCUGCCGAAGAAGACCAAGAAUCAGUUUCCCCAGUGGAAGCUAGACAUGCCAGCGGAUGCCGAGGGGCAUCCCCAUCCGCGUCCGAACAGCCGCACCAAGCUGGUCCGCUCCCGGUCGCUGCUCGUGCCGUACAACACCAAUCGCUUCCUGAUGGAGGAGCACAUGUCCGACUUGAACAAGGACGACUCCGAUGACAACUGCUUCAAUUCGCAGACGGAGGAUCAGGACCUCUUCCUCUCCAAGGAAUUCUCAAAUGUAUACGAACGGGCGCGGCUGGAGCGUUUGGAGACGAUGAACAAGCAGGAGCUAAUCCAGGAGUGCCUGCAGAUCGAAGAUCGGUACUCCAAGGCUCAGAACACAUCCAAUGAGUUCAGUGUCAAGAUACGAGCUCAGGAGGAGAAGAUGCGUCAGCUAACGAGGGAGAAUCAAUUUUUGCGCUCCCAUUUCCUGCGCUCUUGCUCCACGGGCUCGACACCGGGUCCAGCGGUUGCUGCGGCUGCUGCUGCCGCCGCGGCCUCUCCGCCCUCAGCGGUGGCACCCACACCCAGCUCGGCCGGCGAACUGCAGGCCAGACAACAGCCACCACAGCCGCCGCAGCAGCUGGCACAGCCCACGCCCAUGGAUUCCUCCAGCGAGGAUAGCGAGAGUGAUAGCAGCAGCACCACAUCGAGCACCACUUCCAGCACAUCCUCGUCCUCGAGCAGUGAUGGGCACGAGAUGGGCGUGGCUGGGCUGAAUAUAGCCAAUGGGCAUGCUGAGCGCGGCCAUGAACGCAGUCGUACUCGUUCCCGCUCCCGAUCCCCGAUUCAUCUGAAUGGGCAUGCUAACGAGGAGGAGCGCCAGCGCCUAUUGGACGGCAGCAAUCAAAUGGACGAGGACGAGGACAACUCCAGUGAUGUGGCCAAACAGGGCACCGAUGCAGCGGUUAAGUAAGGAUGCGGAUCACACCGCGCCAUGUACAUAGAACACUCCAAUUGUGGUGGCGACAAAAAUACAUAUUUGGAAAUAGAAAGAGAGCCCCUGUUUAGUUUUUAAGACAUCAUCUGUGAGCGUUACAAUUCUUUUAAUUUCCCUUCAUCUACAUGCCAAUCAUAAGUUCAUUAUCCCCGAUGCGUUACUGAUUUUAAUGGAAUUUUUAUAUAAUGAAAACUCGAUUUGUAAGUUAAUAAAAUGUUGAAUCGUGAA